AUGAAGGCCCAAGCGGAUCAAUUAAGCCUAGACAAUAACGGCAUGUCAGAACUGCUGCCGGACACAGACAGCAAGCCCUCAUUACAGACACAAAAUGACACACCAGUGUUCAAAUUGGGCAACUUUGAAAGUCCAGUGCUUAAAGAACUCUCUCGUCGAACGGUAAAUAAGGAGGCGGAGACGCAAAGGAUUAUUACAAACGCGAUUGCGUUUGCGGUCUGGAACCUGUUGGUGAAGUUUAUCAGGUUUUUUCGAGAAAACACUCAUAUUGGGACACAGAUUUGCAACAGUGUGACCAGAAUUCAUUUAUACUUAUUAACCUUUCACGCGGUAAAGCGGGCCAACAUCAUAUACUACUCAACGUUCAGCUGGUUAACGACAGAACUUGUCGACUACUUGUUCCACCUGUUAAUUUUACUUAAUAUACUGUUUUCCCUUUGGAAGCUCUUAUCCACCGUCAAUGUUAGUGAUUUGAAUCUGACCAAUAGGCAAAAAAAACUAUUGGGUGUGGAUAUACAGUCAUCUGUCGACCGUGGAUUGCAACCACAAGAACCGCACUGCUUGUCCGCUUCCAUGGCUCAUAAGUUGUCACAAAACAAAACACAUAUUCCUCAAACAAGCAGUAAAAACCAUCCAACAUUUCUCUUCAAAGGUCUAGAGACACCUUUGAAAGCAAGACAAAAGGAAACGGCAGAGGAACAGACAAAACAGAAAUCUUAUUCUGCACACUUGAAGAACGUGUCUGGUACUCUACAAAGAGACAGCAGUGUUAGUGGCACACUUUUAGGUGCUAGCACCUACAAUAGCUCGCCGCAUACGCCUGCAGCUAGGAAGGGCUACAUUCCAAGUAGUAAAUAUGCAUACAUGAUGAACUCACAAUCUCCAAGGGGAAAAAUAUAA